AUGCUUUGCGCUGUCAUGAUUCUUGUGAAUUCCAUCGUCAUUGGCUACGAGGUGCAGUGGCUCACAACCAAUGAAGCGGAGCCAGCGCAGACCAAAAUAUUGGGGCUGUGUUGUUCCAUUUUCUUCUUGAUCGAGCUGGUGCUUCGCGUCGUGGCCGACGGCACCCGGUACUUCUUCUUUCUUUCCGACCACAAGAAUUGGAAUUGGUUCGAUUUUGCCCUUGUGGCGAUGUCUUUAUUCAAGAGAUUUGACGUUGUCUCGAUGGUAGGCGUGAACAAUGGGGAGGCGUCCAUGAUCGGAAAGGGCAUCAAGACCAUCAAGAUGUUGAGGAUCAUCCGGGUGGUACGGGUCUUCCGGUUCUUCAGGGAACUCAGCCAGCUGGCGUUCAUGAUCAUGGAUUCCGUGAAGUCGUUGGUGUGGGCGCUCGUCAUGUUGGCAAUUGUAAUAUACGUUUUCGCCAUCUUCUUCACGCACUACGCUGCGGAGCAUGUCAGGCUCCAGGGGACGAGCCACGAGUCCAUUCUCAUCGAUGAGCAUUUUGGCAACCUCUGGUUGACAAUCUACACCCUGUUCCACUGCAUGCUAAAUGGCAUCAGCUGGUACACUAUACCGGUCGCGCUGUACACCAUUCCUGGCUGGACGGGCCCUUUUUUGGCUUUCGGUUUCGUGGGAUAUCUAGCCUUCACGAUGCUCACCGUGAUGAAUAUCCAGAUGCGCUGCCGCGCGAACCUGACACAGCGGGACAUAUUAGUGCAGAAGGAGAUGGAAGUCAAGGAGCAUUGGCUCAAGGAGAUGCGCAAAGUCUUCCUGGAGAUGGAUUCCGACUGUUCCGAGUCACUGACCCAGGACGAGGUCGCCGAAUUCUGUGCCGACGACCGCGUGCACUAUUAUCUCACAGCGCUUGGUCUCGACAAUAACGACACGCAGAAGUUGUUCGACCUCCUCGACGACAACCAGGAUGGGCAGAUCGAGUUGGACGAGUUCCUGGCGGGGUGCCUGCGCUUGAAAGGGAUGGCCCGCAGCAUCGACGUCCUCAGCCUCAUCCGGCAGUCCCGCCAGGUGCACAGGCGCCUCGACGAGAUCGACAGGGUCUUACGCCUGAGCAUGCAGCCGAGCAAACACUUGGCGUCAGUGUUGAGGCCGUCCUCGUCGCAGGAGCCCUUGCCCGACGGGACUUUGCCGGAGACUGCGCCCGGGGGGGGCCAGCGCUCGGUCCCCAAGGCCUCGAUGCUGGGGCUGCAGGCCUGGG